AGUUCGUCAGAAUGGCUCACGGAGGGUUGGCCACUUCUGGAUUUGGCUUAUUGGACGGAUGUAUUUCCCCCCAUCCCUAUCCCAAACUGAUCUGCCGAGGAAACAAAAUAUCUGUCGCAAUGAACAUGCAAUUUACCCCUCGAAACAGGAAGCAGAGCCAUAGUGAUGGAGUGCCAAUAUGGGCCCCGAAGGAAGGGUUUUCAGCCCAGGAAAACUGGUGAACAGGAGGACAUUUCCUGCCAAGUGUACAAAGCCACCUGCCCUGCAAGGAUCUAUAUUAAGAAGGUCCAGAAGUUCCCCGAGUAUAGAGUUCCGACAGACCCCAAAAUUGAUAAGAAAAUUUUACGUGUGGAACAGGAGAAAGCUUUCAACGUGCUGAAGAAAAACCUGAUUGAUGCUGGUGGGGUUCUCAGGUGGUAUGUGCAGUUACCUACUCAGCAGGCUCAUCAGUAUCACGAGCUAGAGAUGUGCCUCCCACGAUCGCCAUUCUCCAUACCGUCUCCUGAGGGAGAGGAUGAUGCAGGCAAAGACGAAAGCUGCACGCUGCCCUCGCGACUUCACCCGCAAGUUGCAGAUAAGAUCCGAGAGCUAGUGUCUCAAGGAAUAGAACAAGUCUACGCAGUGAGGAAACAGUUACGAAAAUUUGUGGAACGAGAAUUGUUCAGACCUGAUGAAGUGCCGGAGAAGCACAACUUGUCCUUCUUUCCUACUGUAAAUGAUCUCAAGAACCACAUUCAUGAAGUGCAGAAGUCACUAAGAAACGGGAAGAUAUUAUACAACUCAGAAACUAUUCCAGCAAUGCUUCAAUGGACAACAGACAGUGGUAAUAUUCUUACUGAAACAGUGACUGUUACACUUGCAUCUUCACCUACUGAGGCAACUCUUGAAAUGGACCAACUGAACUGAAAAACACAUCCCACUCCUGGAACUGGAAGGGAGCUCACCAGAGAAAACCAUAAUCAAAGUGGAAUCAAAUGGAGCAAAGGAGCUCUUAACUUCAGAGUUACUCCAGCCCAUAGCAUUUACCCAGCAAAAGGGUUUACAGCUGCAAUCAUUUGAUGAAGCAGCAGCCCUUCUGAGGGUGGAUAGCCAGACACCUCUCCAGCCCGCAAGCCUUACGCAUUCCACAAGGAGGCACUUAACCAUCCGGCCUAUAUUCAACAAGGAAAAUAACCUUCGAGCAAGUUUCAGUCAAGCACAGAACAAUGCUACAACAUCAGCGCUUGGAGAACAACAUGGACCAAAUUAAAGGGCUGUGGCUUUGGGUCAGUUUGUAACUGUUGGCAGCAUGGGGGAUGCUGAAGCUCUUGAAAAGAAUCAAAGUAUUUUGGGAGAUGAGCAGACCAUUCCCACACAGACGGCAGACAACUGUCCAGCUCUUAGAGAAGGAAGCAGCAGCAGCUGAAGGGGACACUGUUUGCAGAGGUCAAGAAACAAAAGAACAGGCACUUUAUCCAGAGAUGGACAAAUACAGAGACUAGAGACUUGCAAGCACCAUCUGUGCUUGAGUCUAUGAAGGCUGUUGAGAACUUCGAAUGAAGAUAGGUCAGCUUUUGAGAGGACAUUAUUUGAUGCCUGCUCCUUAUGACUAUCUGUAAUAGACAACUGCUUUGAUUUACAGCUGAUCUGGUUCACUGCCAAUUCCAGAUGGUUCCUCAUGUGAAGCUACUAGUAUCUUCCUCCUUCGCAUGAUGUUUCAAUACCCAAAUGACCUGUUAUGGUCAUAUUUGAGAAGACCUUCCGAAAUCAGAUUGCUGAGGGGAUUAUUAUUACUGUUUUUAUAAUUUUGAGCCCAAUAAUGCCUGCUCUCACUGAUUCCUCUCCACCUGGGGACCCUUUAACUUGUCUCAGCACACACAAGGACAUUUGCCUCGAUAGCAGCAGCAAUGGAAUUCCAAGAGACAUUUAUUAAUUGAGACCCAGCCAAUUAGCAGCUGAAAAGGGGAGGAAACGAUUGUCCUUUGGAAAAGAAUUGGGUUGCCAGCAAAAAAACCAACUGUUGAACUUGUAUGAUUAGCUGACAUUGUGGAAGAAGGUUUCACCUGAUACCUACAAUUAACCUUCAGAUUUAUUGAUGGUGUUGUCUUUUCUUAUUCUGCACUCCAUAUACUGAACGGGCAGGCGACCUAUGGAGCACAGUGGCUAAAAAGAGCCCUUACAUUUGGUGAAGAGUUUCUUUUCAGCUGGGGACGCGGGUGGCGCUGUGGGUAAAUCCUCAGCGCCUAGGGCUUGCCGAUCGCAUGGUCGGUGGUUCG